AUGCCAUCAGAUGAACAUGUGAUUAGUUUUAGACGUAUAUACCUAGCGAUUGGUCAAGUGGCUGAAAACUUAUACUUAAUCAGUAUAGACAUGUCUCAGUGUAACUAUAAUAUUAGUGCAAACCUCACACAUUUCACUGGCAGUGGAUGUACAUCACUAGAUAUUGAGUAUGUCUUUGUUCUCGCUUUGGCUGGUAUUUUGUUAGUGGCUAUAGGCUUUGUACUCAUUAGAAAAUUCUCAAGCGUUAUGUCAAGAAUUAUAUCCAAGAGGCGAAGGCAAAGAUUCGUCAGAAACACUGCUUCCAGAAGUUCAAGGAGCAGUUCUCAUGGCACCUCUUAUCUUGUCCGGACACAAGAUCAACAGACAAUGCAGUUACCUAUUUACCAGAACACAUUUGAGUAUGUUGACAUGCUUGCUGAAACUCCCACCACGAAUCGCACAAUGUCUGAGGACAACCUUACGGCUAGGUUAGAUCAAGAACAAAACGCAUCCACUGAUCCUCUUCUUGUACUGUAUGAUGAACCAGACUCUGCAAUAGCUCAUGAGAGGGAAAGAUCGAUAAGCACACAUCAUCCACUACCUAACACUGUGAGUCAAGACAGAACAAGGUCUAAAAGUGUCCACCAGUUUACUAGAACUUCAUCAGUGCCUGAGCAGAAGCAUUCAACUGUACAAGUACAGCGAGGGGUACGCACGAGAGAGAGCACUAGAAGCAUGCCAGGCGUUGCUUUGAAUUCUGCACAGCAACGACAGAGGGCACAAACCACAAGUAACUUUCAAAGAUCAGCUCAACACAGAAGAUCUAUGUUUGACACUCUACCAGAUGUUCCCACUGCUGAGCCGAAUCCAAUAUUAGAUAUUUCAACCUCCGUUGAAUCUGUUCACAGUAACGAGGUUGCUAUCUUGGGUUCGAAUGUUUCCUAUGAAAACACAAACAAUCAAUUGACAGUGAUUUCACAAACAGACAAUAGAAUUUCUCGACUGGCUUCCGAGAAACAAUUUUCGUAUGAAGAUGGGUCACUUCUCGGGAGUAAUGUACCACCAUUUUGUGACCCUGAGCUCAGCGAAGGGAGAGAAUUGGAAGCACCUAAGAUCUCUAUUUACAGCAGUCAGAUUUUGGAUACAGAAGAACAUGCUGCGAACUCGGAAGUAGCUGUGAGCAACACUACAGACACACAACUGUAUGACAGACUAGAUCACUCCCACCUGACACCACCGUCCCUGCAAGAGAGAAGUCAGCCCGAAGGUGCUGUUGUUUAUUCCCAGUUAAAUGUCGAAGGGGUCGAUACUCCCCCAAGUUUGGAAAGUUCUUCACAAUUGGAAGAGGAGACGGAAGCUUUGUAUGACACUCCGAUUGUGAUUGUGAGUAAAGCUGUGAGUAGUGAUCCUGAAGUACAUUUGAGGGACAUUGCUGAUCCAACACAUAUCUUUGACGAUCCAGGCUAUACUGAAGGUAUGAUGGCAGCUAAACUUGCUCAAAAACAAUCCAACGGGACAAACUCAUACCAAAGCAUCACUACCGGUGGAAACAUCACUGGUGAAUCUGUUGUGGACAUUGAUAGUUCAUCUCCUAUGAUGAUCACUAAUCGGUUGGCCCUUCAGGUUGAGUCACAGCCGGCCUUGAUGCUGAGUGCCAACUCAUUGUCCCUGCUGGAUUAUGGAGAGGAGGAACUGAACGAUCUAGAUCCCGAUAUUGCAUCUUGUCUCAUGACACAAGAUGAACAAAUUUCAUUUGUGUAGAUUGUAUUUAUCAUUGUACUGUAUAGCUAGGACAUGGCAAUGUAAUUGUAUACGGUGUAGUUGCUGUAAAAUGCACUUUUUAUCAGAUAACGAUUUUGCACUGAAUGAUAUUUUUAUCAAAA